AUGAUUUUAAACCUAAACAAACGUCUCCUGUCGACAUUGAUAUUCGCCCUUGCCCUGCUGUUUUUGGGUAUAAACUACGCCUUCUAUCACGCUGCUGUCUCGUCCAACGUCCGUGAUUACCUCUCGCCCAUUGAAAUUUCAACAUCGAAACCAAAUCUUCCAAAGCAGGAUAAUACCCCUACCACCGCUACUGAUGUAAGAGUAGUUGAUGAAGACCAUACCGACUACCGGCACACCGAUAACCAAGAAACUGCGGGUGGUUAUAGUUAUGAUGACGAAAAAAAAGGAAACGAUUGGUGCUUACGAGUAGCUGGAACGCGAUAUCUUGAUGAUCUGGCGAAUACCUGGGCUGUUUCUUGUAGUAAUCCUGGAAUAAACCCUAUUAUUACUAUAAGUAAGGGAGGCAGCAGCAGCAGCAGCAGCAGAGAUGGAGGGAUGAUAUGUUUUCAAUCCCAAAUCGAGGAAGAACCCGAUAACUUUUGUGUAGCGAAAAAUGCGGUUUAUACGGUUGAUACCGAUAAGGAUUUAGCUGCUACACCGGUACGGCCAGAUUUUAAAAAGGAGGAUUUAUUCCCCACGGAUGGGAUUUUACCGCCUGGUACUGCUAGGAAUACAGGAGCUGCUGGUGCUGGUGAUGGCGAAGAGCAGAAGAAGAAUACACGACCUUCAAGACCUUAUAGACGCGAUUUCGACAAACCGUCUGCAGUACGAAAGCAAAAGUAUUAUAACCGUCACACACGUCGGCAAUUCUCCUCCCCCUGGAGCUUUUCGCAAAAGGAAUGGUUGUUGAAUUGUUCCGCGAAACAAGAUUGGAGUUCUGGGGUCCAAGCACCUUAUAAGUUUCGUACAUAUUUUUCGGGAACGGGGGCUGGACCACAACUGAGUCAGUUUGAUAUGAGUAUAAAGGGGUAUGAGGAUGAAGAGGAUGGGGAUAUUGGCGAAGAGAAGGAGUGCAGUGGGUCGAUUAUGUUGGUUAAAUUAGAAGGAGGGGGGAAUAUAUGGCAUACGUUGAUGGAAGUAUGGUCGGCGGUGUUAACGCUGGAUACAUUAAAGAGGGCACAGAAGGCUAAAGAGAUGCUAUUUGGUAUAAGCAGUGGUACAAACGAAGAUGAAAAACUUUGGGAGGAAGAGAAUAUAAAGAUCUAUAUCCAAGCAAAUAUGGAAAGCGAAAUGAAUGCUUCGCCAGUAUUUGGAUUAUGGAACGUGGUUACAGGAAAGGAUGUUAAAGAUGUUAAAGAAUUGAAAGACGGGUGUUAUAGAUCCGUUAUAUUACCUUUAGCCGGCGGGGCGAAUCCAUUCUGGAAGGAUCAUUGGAAGGAGAGGAAUUGCGAAAGGUCAACUUUGGUGGAUGAGUUUGUGACGAAGGUUUUGAAGUUUUAUGGAGCAGAAGAUGAUGAUACACGUACCCCUGCGGUCGUAGAUUCGAAUCCAAAAACCGUCGAAGAGAAAAUAAAGAUCAAGAUUAUUGGAAGACAGAAGAAUAGGAAGAUACUACGACUAUUCGAUUACGUCAAAAUCCUGCAAAAGACCUACCCAGAUGUUGACAUCGAGAUCACGAAGCUAGAAAAAUUGGAUGUAACGGAGCAACUGCGAAUGAUAAGGAAAACUGAUAUCCUUAUAGGUGUUACGGGAGCCGGAUUGACACAUACAUUGUUUCUUAGAAAGGGCGCAGCGCUUAUAGAGCUAACACAGCCGGAGCCAUUUGUGUAUUUUGGAUUUGGAAAUCUUGCGAGGAUGAUAGGGCUUGGGUAUUUUCAAAUUCAGGCAGAGAAGAGGGAAGGCAAGUCUGGGAUUAAUUGGCAGGAGGACAAUGUUCUUGUGGAUGAGCAUACUUUUAUUGAUGCUGUGGGAAAAGCUAUAGCGGGGGUGAAGGUUAGUAAGGAAGGGAAGAUCGGGAAAGGUAAUAUUAAUUGA